GAGGAGCUUAGGUGGGAAGAAACACUCCGAACAACAUAUGUAACAAUGUAAGUCUUCAACAAGAUAUGUAUUUACCGAACAUUACUCUUAUUAUUCUUUAUAUUCAGCUCUGUGUUUUCUUAAGUUUCUUAGCGUGUGUUGGUGUGUUUUUGACUGAUCACGUCAGUGGAGAUUAUCAAUACUUUCAUGGCUUUGAUAGCGACUGACCAGGGCUGCAAACUGAAUGGGGCGUCGGGGAUUUACGGCAGAGUUGGGCCAAGAAAAGAAGUGUUGCAAGGCAAGGCGGAGAGCUGUAGCGCUGGCCAAAUGCAGCCAAAAGACACAGAGUAUUCAACAAAUGGUUUGCCCAAAGCUUUUCUGCACAGCCUGAGGACCCUGUUUGACAUUUUGGAUGAUAGUGGACGGGGAUACGUGCACAUCUCGGAGAUUGAGACCCGCUGGCAGGGCGCAGACACCCGGGACCUGCCCGGCGGGGUGCUNNNCGCCCUCAGGGGGGUUCCCCCGCCGCAUGGCUGCCUCACCUUUGAGCGCUUUGUUGCGGGGCUGCGGUACUCCAUGCUCAACCCGGAGAACAGCACCCACUUCAAUGCCCAGGCUGCCGUGCAUCCACAGCAGACUCAAAAGCAGCCCCAGAAACCCACCCUACCGUCCGCAUGCAGCGUCGGGACCCGAGCUGAGAACAAGGUCCGUCCCCUGGGACCGAGCGACGUGACCAACACCCAGUCGCAUCGGGCAUCCUCUCUGCAGAGCCGUGCCAGAUCGGAGGAGGGGUCCGGGCACCCCGGGCGGAGUUCGGAGCGAAUCCCCGUGGCUCCGGGGGCCGGGUGUUACAGGGUCGAUCCAGGACAUGCCACCAAACCAGCGCAACCCCUGCAGAGCCGGGUCAGGUCCAUUGAGUCGCUUGCUUUGGAGUCAUCCCAGCUCCAAGUACCAAGUGUUGUGAAAUCAGGUUUACCGAGAUCUCAGAGCGAAUCAGCAACAGGAUUUACUGGCGGCUCCAGGAGACACGGGUGGAGUCGAGAAGAACCGAGGCGACAUACUAUAUCCAGCGGAGUGGAUUAUGGAAUGCUGAAGCAAAUGAAGGAACUGGAGCAGGAGAAGGACUCCCUGCUGGCAGGCUUGGAAUUGGUGGAGCAGGCCCGAGAAUGGUACCAGGGCCAAAUCCACAAUGUUGCAGAGAGACAGCGGCAGGUCGGCCAGACCUCCCACUGCAUGGAUUUCUUCACAGACGUCAGUCAGAGUCGCAUGAAUGUUCUCAUUCCCAAACUGCAAGAAGUCAACCGCUGCCUCAGUGACCUUAUUUCUAGCACUGGGAUGCAGUCAUUUCCUUCCAGUAGUGCUCAGCCUGCAGUGCUCUCUACAAACUUCCAGCCCCCAGCUCCAGCUCCUCCACAAGCCUUCCAGAGACUGAAGGAUCAGAACCGACUUCUCACACAGGAGGUGACAGAGAAGAGUGAGCGAAUCGCCCAGCUGGAGCAGGAGAAGUCAGCACUGAUAAAACAGCUCUUUGAGGCUCGAGCCCACUGUGUGCAAGACACCAGCACCAUGGAUUCCACCUUCAUCUGAAAACGUUUACCCUCCACCCAACACCAUAACAUCACCAUGUUUCAGUUAGGAAACAUCCCGAUGUAACAUCCUUUAGCUGAUUGAAGACUGAAGCUGGCUCUUUGUUUACAGUGACACACCUUUAGUCAUGGCACGCCAGCACCCUCAACAUGUGGCCACUCCAAACCAAACUGUGCACUACCUAGAUAGGACUGAUCCAAGGAAUACUUGGCCCCAGAGCUGCAAGGACAAACAGGUCAGGUCUCAUGAGAACCGUCACUCUGUGCUUUGCAGGACUGUAUCAUCUACAAGAUCUUCACUCCUGCUCCCACAUUUUUAAUUCUUAGUUCUGCUCCUUGACACAUGCAACUUAGUGGUCUAAAAAGGAUUUAGGGAAUGGUUUCUGUUGGAAUAAAAUGCUAUAUUCUUUCAUAUGAGAACAAAUUGGCUGCAUCUGCUUGCUGUAACCUCUCAUUAACAUUUUAAAAACAUUCUUUUAAGUUUGGUAUUUUGACUAAAUCAUAAUAGGAUACACUUCACCCUCAUCUUUCAGUAUUUUCCUCCUUUUAAUGUAAAUUAAUGAUAAUGUUUACCUGACAUUUCUUUCUGGGUUUUAGCUUCAAGCACUGAGAGACAGGAACACCUGAAGAGAACAAUUACUGUGUAUAUAUAAGUAGCAUGUAGCAUGUUAAGACAUUUUAAUGAAUUUGGAGAUGGUUUUUUUUUAAGGUUGAUAAAAGAGAUGAGUGGACAGCCUACAAGCCAGUGAGAUGUUGAAGUUUUGGAUGUUUGCACGUAGAAGAGAGCUGAGGAGGAUACGAGGCAGUAGAUAGUGAGGGUGUCGGGAGAUCUUCUGAUGUUAUGUCAGAAACAAAAAAAAUCAUUUGACUACCUUGUGCUGCACUCUUCACAGUGGAUUCUUUGCUUGGGUCACAUAUUCAGAUAACAAAUUCCACCUUCUGAAGACAUUCCUUUUUGAAAUUUGGAGAUGAAGCCUUUUUUUUAACCUUGUAGGUGUCUCUCUUCACCAGGAAACAGUUUGCUUCAGAAGAAACAGUUAAAACAUUUAGCCAUUUGCAGGUUUACAUGAGAGAUACAUAGCGGAUGGCAUUAGGAGAAAAACAUUGUUUAUAAUGGAUCUUUAUGGCACUGUUUGGAUGUCGGCACAUAACGUAGCUAUAUACAGUUGUCAGUUUUCCCAUUGUUGCUGCUCAAACUGCAUUAUGUGUGAGUGAAACUCUUCCUUCUGCUUUCUAAUCAGAGUACUCGAAUUUCUGAUGAAAUGUAAAAAGUAAAUACAACCAAAUAAUGCUGACUCUU